AUGAAGACUAUUAACAGGGACAGGGAUGGUCGUCAUUUUGCCGUUAGACGGUUUGGUAUGAGCAAGUUUGAGGUGGUUCAUCACUACCCAAACUGGUUAACAAAUAUUUACUGGCCUCCAGCCAAGCUGACCUACAAUCAUGCUAUCAAAUAUGAGAAGUUCAGUCUUCAGAAACUGGGGAAGAAUGGGAGCCAAAUUUGGCUGUCCUUUUUCAGAAAUUCCCCAGGGUCAGUUUUGCCUGCACCUGGCCCUGGCCCUGUGCGCAGGAAGAAAUCAUUCCUGUUUUCAGCUCUGUAUGCUGCCUUUAUAUUUGGUGGUCGGCACCUAAUGAACAAACGAGCAAAAUUUGAACUGAGGAAGCCACUAGUGCUCUGGUCCCUGAGCCUUGCCGUCUUCAGUAUAUUUGGUGCUGUUCGAACUGGUGCUUAUAUGCUGUACAUUUUGAUGACCAAAGGCCUGAAGCAGUCAGUGUGUGACCAGAGUUUUUACAUUGGACCUGUCAGCAAAUUCUGGGCAUAUGCAUUUGUGCUAAGCAAAGCACCCGAACUAGGUGAUACAAUAUUCAUUAUUCUUAGGAAACAGAAGCUCAUCUUCUUACACUGGUACCAUCACAUUACUGUGUUACUUUAUUCUUGGUAUUCCUACAAGGACAUGGUGGCUGGCGGUGGCUGGUUCAUGACCAUGAACUAUGGAGUACACGCCGUUAUGUACUCUUACUAUGCCUUGCGGGCUGCUGGCUUCAGAGUCUCACGCAAGUUUGCCAUGUUCAUCACCUUGUCGCAGAUCACUCAGAUGUUGAUCGGUUGCGUGAUCAAUUACCUGGUCUUCUCCUGGAUGCAGCAGGGCCAGUGCCAUUCCCACGUGCAGAACAUCAUCUGGUCCUCUCUCAUGUACCUCAGCUACUUUGUGCUCUUCUGCCAUUUUUUCUUUGAGGCCUAUAUCGGCAAAACCAGAAAGGAAAGGAAGGUCGACUAGUGGUAGAAACGAGACAGAAGCCAUAGCUCAGGGUCAUCAAGAAAAACAAAAUUAUAAGAAAAGAAAAUGGCACAAGGAAACACAUACAUGUAUGGCGCAGCUAAAACUUGGCAGCUUAGGGAAAGUUAGCUUGGUUUAACCCAGUAAGUUUAUGAUCCUAUCAUGGUGAGGACUCACUGAAUUCUACUCUAUCUCAAAGGACUGCUGAUGAAAGACAACUUCCUUCUUGUACCUGUCUGCUCUAGAAAAAAAGGAGAAAAGAAGAGAAAAAA